CUCAGGCCCGUGGGCGCUGCUGUGAGGGAGUCGUAGCCAUGUCAGGAUCGGCCCCGGAGGAGCCUCAGACCUCCAUCCCUCAGAGCACACCCAGUGUUGCCGAUCCCGCUCCGGUUGCUGUCGGACCUGGAGGCUCAAGGGACGUUUCCUUUGGUGAGCAAAACCUUAGCUUCACCGCCCCAGACGUCAGCCUGGUGGAGAUGAUGGAAACCGAGUACACCCAGCUGCAGCACAUGCUUUACCCACACGCCGAGGCGCAAGCCAGCGAAGGUGAAGCGCAAGCCAGGCUCAGAGCUUUCUCCUCCUCCUCCUCCUCGCCUGGUAACCCUGCAGCCCCCCCUCUGCAGCCCUCACCGCGCAGCAGGCAGGAAGGGGGUUUAGCAAGCAGCACUGGGAACCCAGGGUACCGGGUUAGCUGCCGGUCAGGGUUACCCGCUGACAGCAGCUCAAACGCACGGCUGGGCUAUGGUGACCUGCCGGAGCUCAGAAUGAUGCUACUUAGCGAGUCUAACCUCCCUUUGAGCCAUGCAGAUAAAAUGCCUCACAGUAGCUCGGUAGCAGUCCCGGGGCAGAGCUUAGUAAAAGUUAAACACGGUGAGAAUGGUUUUGGGAGCAAUAAAGGAAACAUACCUGUUGAAAAUUCGGCACCCGAGCCUAAAUCUAAACCUGCAGUCAGAGUUCGGUUGGAAGACAGAUUCAACAGCAUCCAGACAGAGAACCCCAGAUGUCAAGAACCCCAAGAAUCUGGAGUAACCCUUAACAAUUUAGUAACAUUGAUUCGACAGCCGUCGGAACUGAUCGGCGCUCCUCUCUAUCAGCAAGAAAACAAGUGUGUUGCACUAGGGAAAAAUAAGAUAUCCCCCGCCUCUCCUUCCUCACAGUUCCCAUACCCAGUAUUGACUAUGAAUGCAUGUUCUACUGCUGGAGGUGCCAACCCUUCACAGGCACAGACCUCUGGUGCAUCUUGUGCUAUUUUGGAAGCUGCCAAACAUCAAGACCUUGGGAUAUCCAAGGCAUACUCCUUCUGCUAUCAGGAAAUUGACUCCAUGAAACAGGCAGCAGGGGCUAUGAAUAAAGCUUUGCCUGAAGAAGUUUGGAUUAAAGUUGGAGAAGAGAGCUUGUGCAAGCAAGCGCUAAACAGAAGAAGUUGCAGCAAAAUAAGCCCAUUGGAUCCAGACAUAGAUCGCAAACCUCUCAGUGAAAUUCAGAACACAUGUGAUGGUAGCCAGAGUGCCCAGGGCCCCUGGCAGGCAGCACAGUCCAGUUCAAGCCUGCAGAUGCAAAGUGGUAUUCAGGAUGGAAUGGCUCAGCGAAGAGAAAGGCAUAACCGCAUGGAGAGAGACAGGAGGCGCAGGAUCCGGGUUUGCUGUGACGAGCUGAAUCUUCUGGUUCCAUUCUGUACUGUUGAUACCGAUAAGGCAACAACUUUACAGUGGACAACUGCAUUUCUGAAGUACAUUCAGGAACGGCACGGGGAUUCUCUGAAACAGGAAUUUGAGACUAUGUUCUGUGGUAAAACAGGCAGGAGACUAAAAAUCCCAAGGUCAGAUGCAUUUGUAACGUGUCCUGCGCAGGAAAAUACGUAUGGCUAUGAAGACCAAGUAGCCUGACCUCUGACCACCUUGAGUUGUAUGGCUAACAAUGGCCCAUGUUGUUUUAUUUUCCCCAUUUACAUGCUGAAUGUGAAUUACAAAAUGUAACUUGUAAAAUAUAUAAAUAGAGCUUUACAGAAAACAAUCUUUAUUCAAAAUGGAAAUGACAGUGAAGUGCUAGCAACAGAAAUCAGUGCUCUGUUAAAGGGGCUUUGGGACCUACAAGAAAAAGUCAUGACAGCUACGUAUUUUUCCCCUUUAGUUAUAAAAAACAUGUUCUUCUUCUGUUUGUCAUUCUACUUUGGGGCAUUUUGGGGUUUUUCGUUUAUUUGUUUUAUGUAAGAGAUGAGCCAGUAGAGUUAGGUAUAGCUAUAGAACAUUCAUCUGUCCUGUUAUUUUAAUGACUAGAUGCAAACGUACUCUUCAAGUGUAAAAAGAAAUUGAAGUUACUAUAUUAGAAUGCCCAUAUUUUUCCAUUAAAGAAAUCAGAUUGUUUAAUGGCAUAAAUGCAUGGUUCCUAAACUGUGCUGCUAUAAUGAAGUGUACAUUUGCCAUACACAUUUUAACGUGCUUGGGCCCAAAGAGUAAUACAAUGGUGUUAGCAUUCUUCUGUAAAUACAGUGCUAUUUUUAAUGUCUAUCCCACAGCUGUCCAAGAGGUUCUUGUGUUGUUACUUUAGUCCAAGAGUGGCAUAUUAUAAACAGCAGAUUAUUUAAAAGCACAAGCUAUUUUCCUAUGUAAAGCUAAAUAUGACUCCUUUGCUCAUAGGCUUUAGCAUAUAGGGCAGAAACAGAAUAGUGUGGGAGCUGAGAAUGGUUUUACUGAUUUUUUAAAAUAGAUGAUAUUAUAGUAGGUUUUAAAGGACAAAAAUGGUCUCCUGAAAGAAAUACUGUUUUAAAUCACGGACAUGGACAAUUUUGCACCAGUUUAUUCCCAAACAAUCCUAGUAAAGCCAGUUCUGGGAAGCGGAAUUCAGUGGCAUUAGUUUGAGUAUAACGACACUUACAACAUCACAAAGGUUAAAAAAACAACUCCUUUUAUUUUUACAACAGUUCAUACAGGACUUUUUGGCUGGACUUGAGAUGAGCAUCCUUUCUUAUUGGGGGGUUCAUUCACAAUUACUGUGCAAAUAGCUGAAGUAGAGGUCAUGAAAAUGCUGUUACUUCAUUUCCUUUAUUAUCGUAUGGAAAUAUACAGAAAUUCUUCCCUGUAAAUUAAAAUAUAUACAUUUCACUUUGGCAGAAUUUGACUGCAAGAGGAUUACUAGUUACUGGUCUUGGCAAAUAGUCGAGGUGCAAUCUGAAAAUUGAUAACUGACAGCACAGACCUAAGCUAAGGGCUUUACUUGGGCUAGAAUCUCAAGAUAUUGAAAUACAAGAUACUUAAAUGCCUAAUUUCCACUGAUGGAAGGAGCAAUUUGGUGCCUGAACACCUUAAUAGCAUCUGUCUUAGUGCACAAACCUGCAAUAACCAAAAAGUCAGUGGGAGCAGCACCAAGGGAUUCAAGUGACAAGGCUCAAAGAGUGAUACAGAGAGGUCGUGAUCUUUUAGCACACAGUAAGAAGGAACACUGCUUCCUCUCGCAGGUCUCUUGAACAAAGGGAGAAAGAGAAGGUGAGGUUGUUAAACAGUAAAAAUUCUGGACAGUAAUUGGGGGGGGGGG